AUGAAGAUCAAGACCAUUAAAAGAAGUGCUGAUGACUAUGUUCCUGUUAAGAGCACGCAGGAAUCUCAAAUGCCUAGGAAUCUGAACCCUGAAUUGCAUCCCUUCGAAAGAGCACGUGAAUAUACCAAAGCUUUGAAUGCCACCAAAUUGGAAAGAAUGUUUGCUAAACCUUUUGUAGGGCAAUUAGGAUACGGUCACAGAGAUGGUGUUUAUGCUAUUGCCAAGAAUUAUGGUAGUUUGAAUAAAUUGGCUACUGGUUCUGCAGAUGGUGUGAUUAAAUACUGGAACAUGUCUACUAGAGAAGAAUUCGUUUCCUUUAAGGCACAUUAUGGACUCAUUACUGGUCUUUGUGUCACACAGCCUCAUUUUCAUGACAAGAAACCAGAUUUGAAAAAUCAAAACUUCAUGUUAUCUUGUAGUGAUGACAAAACCGUCAAAUUAUGGUCAAUAAAUGUCGAUGAUUACUCCAAUAAAAGCUCUAGUGAUAACGAUUCUGUUACCAACGAGGAGGGCUUAGUCCGUACUUUUGACGGUGAAUCUGCAUUUCAGGGUAUCGACUCGCACAGAGAAAAUUCUACGUUUGCCACAGGUGGGGCCAAGAUCCAUCUUUGGGAUGUUAACAGAUUGAAGCCGGUUUCCAAUCUAUCCUGGGGAGCGGACAACAUCACCAGUGUGAAAUUCAACCAAAAUGAAACCGAUAUUUUGGCAAGUACUGGCAGUGAUAAUUCUAUUGUCCUUUAUGACUUGAGAACAAACUCUCCAACACAAAAGAUUGUUCAAACAAUGAGGACAAAUGCUAUUUGUUGGAAUCCAAUGGAGGCUUUCAACUUUGUAACUGCCAAUGAAGAUCAUAACGCUUACUAUUAUGAUAUGAGGAAUCUAUCGCGUUCAUUGAAUGUAUUUAAAGAUCACGUCAGUGCAGUAAUGGAUGUAGACUUUUCUCCUACGGGGGAUGAGAUUGUUACUGGUUCAUACGAUAAGAGUAUCAGAAUAUAUAGGACGAAUCAUGGACAUUCGAGAGAAAUUUAUCAUACGAAGAGAAUGCAGCAUGUUUUCCAGGUUAAAUAUUCCAUGGAUUCUAAGUAUAUUAUCAGUGGGUCUGAUGAUGGGAAUGUUAGGUUAUGGAGAAGCAAAGCUUGGGAGAGGUCGAAUGUCAAAACUACCCGUGAAAAGAAUAAAUUAGAAUAUGACGAAAAAUUGAAAGAAAGAUUUAGACAUAUGCCAGAGAUUAAAAGAAUCAGUAGACAUAGACAUGUACCACAAGUCAUCAAAAAGGCUCAAGAAAUUAAGAAUAUUGAGUUGAGUUCUAUAAAGAGAAGAGAAGCUAAUGAAAGGCGUACUAGGAAGGACAUGCCAUACAUUUCUGAAAGAAAGAAACAAAUCGUGGGUACCGUGCACAAAUAUGAAGAUCCAGGAAGAGGCAGGAAAAGAAGAAAGGAAGACGAUAAACGUGAUACUCAAGAAGAGUAG